CCUUCAAAGCGCGUUUUGUCACGUGUUAAAUGCAUUGGCAAUCAGCAAUGAAGAUUCAUUAAUCUCAUCGAUGUGGAUCACUCGACUUCACCUACAUCCACAUCACUACAUCGCCAGACUCCCCGUCAAAGCCUGCUACAAAGCAUCCAAAAGCUGUUCAAUCACCAGCUUCUUUGCAAAGACGGGGUCAAGGCUUUUCAAUUGUCUCAAUACAGCAUCUAAGACAAGAUGAAGUUGGUCAGAUUUUUGAUGAAACUUCAAAAUGAAAGUGUUACAAUCGAACUAAAAAAUGGAACAAUCGUCCAUGGAACGGUAACAGGAGUAGACGUUCAAAUGAAUACACAUUUAAAAACGGUAAAAAUGACAGUGAAAGGUCGUGAUCCGUUAUCGUUGGAUACUCUAAGCAUUCGUGGUAAUAAUAUUCGUUAUUGGAUCUUACCUGAUGCACUUCCACUCGAUAUGUUACUCGUUGAUGAUGCACCAAAACCAAAAGGAAAGAGACGUGACCCUGCAACUCGUGCACGCGGAAUACCAGAUCGUGGUGGACGUGGAGCAGUUAGGGCAAGAGGAAGAGGUAGAGGACGUGGGAGAGGGUUCUAAAAAGAUCUUGGUCUAAAGGGCAAAGCAAGCGUAAUCGCCUCAUUCACAAAUAUUUG